AAAUUACUGAAGCUAUGAUGCUUCAAGUAUAGCCCACUUUACAUGUCCCUUCAAUAAGUAUGCCUUUCCAAAUGACCACUCGGAUUACUGGUAGUAUUGAAAUCUAAAGAACGAAACAUUUCAUAUUCCGUCAUAAAUGCAAUGUUUAGACAGUGACGUAUCCAGCUCACACAAAGACUUUCGCGUUUUACCAGAAAAUAUGUCAGAUGCAUCAAAUGAUGGUCAGAAAUCUAAUACAAUUUUGAUAGAUGCUAAUUACCUUGAUGAUCGAUUAUCUACAAAUGUGGUUCCCAAUAAAUUUGGUCACAAUAUUUCAAAAGAAUCAAACUUCGGUGAUCUUAUGUCAAGCAUCGUUCAACCUCCCCACUCAGUCACUUCCAGUCGGUUCUCUGCUCAGUGUGACAAACAUGUCUUAAAUAAAUUCAAAUUAAUUGUAACUUGGGCAUAUGAGGAUCCAACACUGUUUCGUGGGAGAGGAUGAACUCGGAAAAAUUAAAAUCCGGAUUUUCGAAAAAG